AUGAAAGAGUGGGUCGCUGCCCAGCUCCAGCAGCUGGCCUCUCCAGACAUGAAUUCAGCCAAUGAAAUCCUCAUACAGGCUUCAGAGAGAUACUUCCCGCGAGCUCCAAAACCUUCAGCUCCUCCGCUGAAUGCCAUGCAUAGAGCGACUCAAAGAAUGUGGUCACGUCUGACUGCGCUGGAUGAAGACCCAAGAAGUCACUCCCUGACGCAGGCAGACCACGAGGUGUUGGUCAAAGACCUGGCGACUUGGCAUAUGCAGGCAGUAUCAUUGGCAAAGAAGCAAAGAGUAGCCGACUUCACAAAGGAGGUGGAUCACUCAGCCAAUACGGGAGACUCUUACUUGAGCCACAAAACCCUGAAAGCUCUCCGACCCUGGCAACCGCAGCCGAAAACACAGCUGGUGAACCAGGACGGAUACUUAAUGGCAGCCGAGGAGGAACUCCUGCUAAUGAAAGAUCAUGCUAAGGCGGUGUUCCAGAGGCAUGACAGGUUAGAUGUGCUGGUGAAUACACUGCCACAGCUGCAGGCUCCAGCAUUGGCCAAGCACAUAGGAGACGUGCUCCAGCAAUACUGCCAGGCACAGAGCCUCAAAGCUGAGCACUGCUCAGUGGAUUCAUCAGUGACACUUUCAGCACCGCUGAAGGAUACUGACCUUUGCUUCAUUCCCAAGCCGAAUAAGCCACCAAACAAGCCCACUAAUCUUCGCCCACUGGGCAUUAUACGACCAGAUGGCAAAGGAUUGGCAGGAGCACGCAGGGACCUGCUAGCUCCCUAUACGUCCAGCUACCUCAAGCCAGUGCCUCAGUUUGCUUAUCAGCCCAGGAGAGGGCUGUCGGAUGCCCUGUCCAGAGUCUCGCAACACACGCGCGAAGUCAGGCAGGCCUGCGCACAAGCCAGACUCAGCAGACACAGCCAGCAUGCAGGCCAUGCCAAGCCAGAGCUAGUAGGAGGCAUUUGCUUUGCACUGGACCUCUCUCAAGCAUUCGACGUGGUGCGACGACAGGACCUCAUGGACACCCUGCAGGAGGCCAACGUCCCAAUCGCGGUGCAGAACUUAGUGGCGUCUUUGCACACAGACAGCCGCUACAAAGUCAGAUCACAGCAACGGACAUGUGAAGUAGAAUCGACUACAGGCAUAAAACAAGGAUGCAAGCUCGCCCCCACUCUCUUCUCGAUGCUCACAGGCAAGCUCUUUAAGGAACUAUCGACAGUUGUGGGCAAAGAAAGGAUGCAGCAAUCUCUCACAGGCUAUGCAGAUGACAUGACGAUCCAUCACAACAUCAGCAAUUGGGAAGACCUGCUAAAGGCUCACCACAUGAUAGCAGAGUUGCUCCGCAUUGUUCGUAAGUACGGCUUUAAGGUGAACCCAGAGAAGAUGCACAAGGCAACAAGCAUCGACUAUGGAGAAUAG